AUGAAGGAGAAGUCUAAAAACGCGGCCCGGACUCGGCGGGAAAAGGAAAACAGUGAGUUUUAUGAGCUGGCCAAGCUGCUGCCGCUGCCCUCCGCCAUCACCUCGCAGCUGGACAAAGCCUCCAUCAUCCGGCUGACCACCAGCUACCUGAAGAUGAGAGUGGUGUUUCCUGAAGGCCUCGGAGAGUCUUGGGGUCACGUGAGUCGCAGCACUUCUCUGGAUGGAGUCACCCAGGAGCUGGGCUCCCAUCUCUUACAGACAUUAGAUGGCUUUAUUUUUGUGGUUGCUCCAGAUGGGAAGAUAAUGUACAUCUCAGAAACCGCCUCCGUCCACUUGGGCCUAUCGCAGGUAGAGUUGACGGGAAACAGCAUUUAUGAAUACAUCCACCCAGCAGACCAUGAUGAAAUGACAGCCGUCCUCACAGCUCACCAGCCUCACCAUUCACACUUUGUUCAUGAAUAUGAAAUGGAGCGCUCCUUCUUUCUGAGAAUGAAAUGUGUCCUCGCUAAAAGAAAUGCUGGUCUUACCUGUGGAGGCUACAAGGUGAUCCACUGCAGCGGCUACCUGAAGAUCCGUCAGUACAGCCUGGACAUGUCUCCGUUUGACGGCUGCUAUCAGAACGUGGGGCUGGUGGCUGUGGGUCACUCGCUCCCCCCCAGCGCUGUCACUGAGAUCAAACUGCACUCCAACAUGUUCAUGUUCAGAGCCAGCCUGGACAUGAAGCUCAUCUUCCUCGACUCACGGGUUGCAGAGCUGACAGGCUACGAGCCUCAGGAUCUAAUAGAGAAGACCCUCUACCAUCAUGUGCACAGCUGUGACUCCUUCCACCUGAGAUGUGCUCAUCACUUGUUGCUGGUGAAAGGUCAGGUCACCACUAAGUACUACCGUUUCCUGGCCAAGCCUGGAGGCUGGGUCUGGGUUCAGAGUUAUGCAACCAUCGUUCACAACAGCCGCUCGUCCCGCCCUCACUGCAUCGUCAGCGUCAACUAUGUCCUCACGGAGACGGAGUAUAAAGGGCUCCAGCUGUCUCUGGACCAGGCCAGGUCCAAGGCCUCCUUCCCCUACAGCAGCAGCUCUGCCAGCGUGACGGAGCCCUGCAGAACCCCCAAGAGCAGAGUGACCCGGCCCAAGACCAAAGCCAGGCUCUCCCCUUACACACAGUAUCCUAGUUUCCAGACGGAGCGCUCAGAGUCUGACCAGGAGAGCCCGUGGGGCAGCAGCCCCCUCACAGACUCAGCCUCCCCCCAGCUGCUGGAGCACAGUGAGGGUCUGGAUGCCUCCUGUGUGUACAGACAGUUCUCUGACCCCCGAUCGCUCUGCUACAGCCUGUCUGAAGAGCACCAUCACAACAGCAGCGACGGCUACACACACCUCCACUCACAGGGUCAAGGUCAGAGCUGUGAGCGAGGUCGAUGUGAGGCAGGACGAUACUUUCUAGGAGCACCCCCACAUGGCCGGGACGCGUGGUGGGGCAACACCCGGUCUGUCCUGCCGCUGAGCAAGAGCUCCCUGGAGAACCACGAAGGAUAUGACAGCAGCGUGCCGCACAUCACGGCCAUCCACAGCCACCACGGCCGGGGGGGCCACUGGGACGAGGAGAGCGUGGUGAGCUCUCCGGAUGGGGGCUCCGCCAGUGACUCGGGGGACCGGUACCACGCUGACCACUACCGCUGCAGCCCCCAGGAGCCCAGCAAGAUCGAGACCCUGAUCCGAGCCACGCAGCAGAUGAUCAAGGAAGAAGAAAGUCGACUGGGCAAGGGCCCUCAGGAGGUCCCACUGGGGCCGGCCAAUGGGCUGCCCAAGGGUCCCGGCCCAUGCUUCACUCCAGAGUAUAGUCAAGGGCCCCUCCCACUACAGACGGUGGUGUGUCGAGGUCUGAGUCAGGUGAUCAGCCCUGCCCCUAGUCCCGCCCCUCUGUCCAGGCUCAGCAGUCCAGGUCCUGAGCGCCUCCACAAGCCCAAAGACUACCUCCAGACAGACGUGUCCCCCCUCUCUCUGCCAUUACACCACGCGUUCGGGCGGUUGGGGCCGUGCUCUUCCUCCCCCCCCUCGGCCCCCGUCCUCUACCCCUCCCACACCCACCCUCGGCCCUACUUGGACAAGCAUAAGAGCUACUCCCUGACAGGCUACGCUCUGGAGCAUCUCUACGACCCAGAGAGCCUGCGAGGCUAUUGCACCUCCACCAGCACGGGCCCCCCCCACUACGAUGUGACCCCUCACCUCCGUAUGGCAGCAGAGCAGACCCCCGGACAUAAAGGCACCUCUGUCAUUAUUAGCAAUGGCAGCUAA